AUCAAGUAUGAGUGGUUCGAAUUUGUUAAUGUGAUUGAAUGAAACUAUAGUUACUAUUGAAACCAUCCAAACGUCAAUGCGUCAAACGUUUACUCAAUUCAUCAUGGCUGAAGUUCCAGAAAGUAUUCAAAAUAAGGCCAAUCUUGCAGCGGACCAAUUAAUUCCACAUAAGUCUAAAAGUUUAUAUAAUCUGGAAUAUUCAAAGUUUGUUAAAUGGUUAGCCAACAACGGUACAGGAAUUAUUAAUGAAGUAGUACUCUUAACGUACUUUCAGGAAUUGUCUGAAGUGUUUCAACCAACGUCUUUAUGGACUAAAUUUUCUAUGAUUAAAAAAACGCUGCUUUUGAACAAAAAUGUUAAUAUUGGAAAUUAUGCAAAAUUGACGCAAUUUUUAAAAAACGUCUCCAAAGGUCACGUGCCCAAGAAAUCAAGCGUGUUAACGCGCGAGGAUAUUUUAAAGUUUUUGCGGCAAGCACCUAACCACGAAUAUUUGUUAGUGAAAGUGGCACUAAUAUUUGGGAUCUACGGCGGAUGCAGAAGGCAAGAACUAUGCGACAUGCUUAUUAGUGAUGUAGAAGAUAGAGGUGAAGUUAUUGUGGUUACAAUUCCUCAAACAAAAACUGAUAAGCAGCGAAUAUUUUCCAUUAUUAAUGAGACGGAAAUGGAAGCCAUCCAAACCGUAAAAAAGUAUUUAGCACUGCGUCCGCAGCACUGCAACUUGAAGCGGUUGUUUUUAGGCUACAGGAAAGGGCAUUGCAUUGCUCAACCUGUUGGGAAGAACACGUUUGGGAAAAUCCCCUCUACAAUUGCAAGUUACUAUGUUAUACAGGUCAUUGCAUGCGUAGAAAUUCUGCUACGUUACUCGCGGAUGCCGGUGCUAGCAUGAGUACACUAAAGAGACAUGGGGGAUGGAAGAGUACAACUGUAGUAGAAGGGUAUAUUGAAGACAGUUUAACAAGCAAGAACAAGGUAGCUAAGCUAAUUGCGGGAGAAUCGCUAAAUAUUAUUACAGCGUCAAAU